AUGGCACCCUCCACGCCGCGCUUGCGCAUCCUCUCCGUGGGCGGCAAUUCCGUCUCUGCCUUCCUCUCCUGGCGUCUGUCCGCCACAAACGCCUGCGAUGUCACGCUGGUGUGGAAGAGCGGCUUCGACUCGGUCGCACAAUACGGCAUCUCCUUUCGAUCGAGCAAGUUUGGAAAUGAGCGAUUCAAACCCAGACAAGUCGUCAAGACCCCCGAAGAAGCGGCCGGCGCCUCGCGAGCUUCCUUCGACUACGUCGUCCUCUGCGUCAAGGCCUUGCCCGACGUCUACGACCUAGCCUCCGUCAUUGAGUCGGUCGUCGCGCCCCAACACACCUGCAUCCUCGUCAAUACCUCACACACCCUUGGCAUCGAAUCCUACCUCGAACAACGCUUCCCCACAAACGUCGUCCUCUCCUUGGUAUGCGGCGCGGAGAUUGCACAACUGGGUCCCGCCGAGUUCGAACACAAAGGAGGCACCGAGCUGUGGGUGGGUGCGGCGAACAAGAAUCCCUCCAUCCCCGCAUCAAUACAGAAGGAUAUGGCAGAGGCUCUUUCCAUGACCCUCAAGUCAGGGCAAGUCGACUGCGAGGUCUCCUCCAACAUUCGGCAACAGCAGUACGAAAGGACGAUGGGGAACAUUGCUUUCCACCCCGCCAGCGUCGUGUUUGAGACACCAUCACAUGCCGAGCUGCUCGAGAAGACGGGCGUGCGUGCGCUUAUUAGCGGCGUGAUUGACGAGCUGCUCGCCAUCGCCCAAGCCCAGGGGUGCCAAUUCAAUCCCGGCUAUCGAGAAGAGGUCAUGGAGCAGAUGAUCCUUCCCUCCGAAAGCACAAGCACCAUGUAUCAAGACUUCUUGGCUCGCCGGCCGAUGGAGGUGGAGACCUAUCUGGGCUCCCCCAUGAAGCUCGCGCAGGAAGUUGGCGUGCCGGUACCCCGAAUCGAAACACUCUACGCGCUCUUGCACAACGUCAACACCAUCAACCAGACACGACCUCCUCCUUCCCCCGUCGCCGUCGCCACCGCCGUCCCACCACCGAUGCCACGGAUGUCCUCGGCACCAAGUGGUCCGGCUCAGAUGCCGCCGUCUAUGCGCGGUUCAAUGCCCGGUCCUGGACCAAUGGGCCGCGGCCCCAUGGGUAACGGGAUGCCACCACGAAACCGUGCGGCUUCAGCCGUCGGCGGGCCCAUGCCUCCGGGUAUGCGAAGGGGUCCGCCUCCGAUGAAUGGAUACCCACCGCGUGGGAUGAAUGGCAACGGCUAUGGCCCUCGUGGCCCGCCUCCUCGCCGCUCGGAAUUGGAAGAGACUGGGCUGGAGGAAUUCAGUCAUGUGAUGCUCUACGAUGACAUGGUGGACGAUGGCGGAUACGACAUGUCAAACGGUGCGGGUGGCGAUAUUCACCUGCGCGAGCGGGAGUUUGCCCUUCGUCAGAAAGAGCUUGCACUGCGAGAGCGAGAAUUCCGGAUGAGGCAGGGGCAAGGGCGCAUGGCUCCCGCCGCAUACGACGACGAUGACGACGAGGAUGGCGCCGACUUCUUCGACCCCAUGGCGGCGCCGAGCAUGGCUGGCGUGGAUGCCGAUCAGAUCGAUAUGAUGAGCGUCACUUCUAGGAGAACGCGCAAGGCUCCCAGCGCCGGUCAAUUGCGCGCGAACCCGGAGAUGAUGGGCAUGGGUGGCCAGAUGCGCAACAGCCGCAAUCCACCGAGACGUCCAGGCUUCCCCAAGAACCGAACGAGCACCACUCUCAUGAACGAGAUGCCACACUUUCGCGAGGAAUUGAUGAACAAUCCCUUGAUGGGCUACAGCUCUGACCGCUACGGCAAUGUGGACCGACACAACAUGGGCAUCGAGUCGCGGACCAACUCUCUCACGGCUGAGCGGCUCCAUGAACUCCAGCAAGGAGCUGGUCAUGGUCCUGGUCCGAACGGGUUUGGCGCUCCCUUUCCGGGACCGGGCAGCAGACGUGGCAGCCACUCACCAGCGAAUCUCUUGAACGGGACGAAUGGUUCGAUCACACCGCGUCCCAAUCUUCGCCCCUCACCCCCCAGCGGCUCUUACAACAAUGGCCGCCCAAGCCCUCCCGGCCUGCGCCAACCCAUUCCGCGGUACCCGACCGGAGGACCAGUGAAUGGAGUCAUGCCGCAUCAGCAGCUGGAGCAGCAGAGUAAUGGGGUGAGCAAUGUUUAUCCCGCGCCCCCGCCAAAAGCGGCGCCGUCUUCUUCGGCGCAGCUUCAGCCUCAAGUACGCAGUCUGACAGGUUCUGCGAGCGCUAGCGCGGGCAGUGGUGAUAGUUAUCGCUCCUCGGCACCCUUGGACUCGGAUCCCUCCGCGCAUAGCUCCUCGAGCAGCCUUGGCCCCCGCCAUGUGAUCGGCGUUCGAUAA